AUGUCUAGUCAGCGUCUUGUCCUAGGCCUCCCACGUGUCUUGCCGUCGCUGCCGCCUUCGCCUGCGCCGCCGUGUCGUCCCUACGUCGAGGGUAGGCUGCGCACCACCCCUCACUCCUCCUCCCUUCGUCCGGCCACCGAGCCUUUUGAGACGCUUCACUUGGACGUCUGGGGCCCAGCCCCUCGUCUAGGCCCUGAGCGUGAGCGUUACUUUCUGGUGGUAGUUGACGACUUCUCCCGCUACACCACAGUGUUCCCUCUGGCGAAGAAGUCUGAGGUGACUUCUACGCUGAUCAGGUGGUUGCUCACCACUGAGGACACUCGUGGUCGUCGUGUCAGUUGUCUCCACUCCGACCUUGGGGGUGAGUUUCGCUCCGGCAUUCUCGCUGGAUUCUGUCGCGAGCAGGGCAUUCGUCAGUCCUGGACGCUUCCAGAGUCCCCACAGCAGAAUGGGGUUGCUGAGCGCCGCAUAGGCCUGGUCAUGGAGAUCGCCCGCACCUCCCUGACUCACGCCUGUGCCCCCCAUUUUCUGUGGCCCUACGCGGUCAGGUACGCCGCGCACCAGCUGAACCUCUGGCCACGUGUCUCUCGACCAGAGGUUUCACCGACCAGUCUUUGGACAGGGUCCCCUCGUGUUGCGUCGCGGUUUCGUGUCUGGGGGUGCUUGGCUCUUGUCCGCGACACCUCCGCGGACAAGCUCUCGCCUCGUGCCGUCCCCUGUGUCUUCCUUGGUUUCCCUGAGGACUCCUCUGACUUCACCUUUUACCACCCUCCCUCUCACCGGUUCUUUGACUCCCGUGACGUCCGUUUCGAGGAGUCCACUCCGUACUACGUCAGGUACCCCAGUCGAGGUCUCCCGGUUCCUCCUCCCCCCCUCUUCCUGACUGCCGUUCCCCCUCCUGCUCCCCCGGUACAGCCUCCCCCCCCUGGUCCAGCCCCGUCAGGUGUGUCCCAGGCUACCCCUCCUCCUUCGGUAGCCCCUCCGGUACAGCCUCCCUCCCCACAGUCCUCCUCGCAGCGUGCCGCUGGUGCUAGCUCUCGAGAGGUUGGUGCGGCGCCUGUUCCUGUACCGGUUUCUGGUUCUGGGGGUGCUGGAGUUGGAGCUGGAGUUGGAGCUGGAGUUGGCACUGGAGUUUCUGGUUCUGGGGGUGCUGGAGUUGGAGCUGGGGUUGGAGCUGGAGUUUCUGGUUCUGGAGUUGGAGCUGACCCGGUGGGUGCAGAGGACUCUUGUCGUCCGGUAGCUGGUGCUGGCCGCGCGGACACUGGGGGUGCUGCGUCUGGGGGUGAGGGUGCGCCUCCUUCGGGUUCAGCUGGCGUUGGAGAGAGAGGAGAGGGAGUUACAGCGGCUGGAGGAGCAGAAGCAGCAGCUGGAGCCGCAGGAGCAGCAGCAGCCGCAGUAGCAGCUGGACCCGCAGGAGCAGCAGUCCCAGCAGCAGCCGCGUCCGCAGCAGCAGCAGUCGCAGCCGCAGCAGCAGCAGCCACUUCCUCCUCCUGUCUCGGUUCUCCACCCUUGUCCUCUUCUCCUCCGUCUCGUUCUUGGGCUACUCGUCGCUCCCCUCGUGCUCGUCCCUCGUCUCCUGUUCCCUUCACUGACCUUCGUACUGCCUUCCUUCUUUCUAGUCCACCUCGUCCGUCUCAGUCUGUGCUUCCGUCUCCUCCUGAGUCGGCCCUCACUGUGUCGCUCCCUACUCAUGUCACUGACUACUACCGCAUGUACCGUCCUGUUCUCUCUCGUGUUCUCGCCUCUCUUGUUACUCACCCUCGUGUCUCUGUGUCCUCUGUGUCCGCUCUUACUGCCGCGGUUACUGACUUUGCCUCUACCCGCCGCCUUGACUACGCCACCACACUUGUGACUGCUCCUCCUACCAGUCCUCUGGUCGUCGGGGGUGUGUGUGCCCUUGGCUGUGACGCCCUAGAGGACAGGCAGUUUGAGCUAGAGUUCUUGGCGGCCGCUUCCCCUCAUCUCUGUGCCAUGCUCCUCGCCCCUGAGGGUGACCCCGACGCCCUUGACAUUCCGACUCCUCGCACUUACGCUGAGGCAGUGUUAGGGCCUUGGGCCUCUCAGUGGAGAGCUGCCAUGGACGCAGAGAUGGCCUCCUACAGAUCCACAGGCCCCUACGUCGAUGAGGUUCCCCCCCCUGGGGCGAACGUAGUCGACGGCAUGUGGAUCUACAGGGUGAAGCGGCCACCGGGAUCUCCCCCGGUCUUCAAGGCGCGCUACGUGGCUAGAGGUUUCAGUCAGCGCGAGGGAGUUGACUUCUUUCAGACCUUCGCACCUACCCCGAAGAUGACCACUCUUCGGGUGUUACUACACGUAGCAGCACAGAGAGACUACGAGUUACACUCUCUUGACUUCUCCACUGCUUUCCUUCAGGGCAGUCUACACGAGGAGGUCUGGUUGCGUCGUCCCUCGGCCUUCACUGGCACUUUCCCUCCUGGAACCCUGCGGAGGCUGAGGCGACCUGUUUACGGUCUUCGCCAGGCCCCUCGUGAGUGGCACGACACUCUGCGUUCUACCCUCUCUGACCUUGGGUUCCAGCCGUCUUCUGCCGACCCGUCGCUGUUCGUUCGUCGUGGCUCCACACCGUUCUUUGUUCUGGUCUACGUCGACGACCUCGUUUUCGCCACUUCGGACAGGGUUGCUUUGGCAGACGUGAAGUCCGAACUGCAGAAGAGACACACGUGCACUGAUCUUGGUGAGCUGCGCCACUACCUUGGCCUGCAGAUCACCAGGGACAGAGCCGCUCGCACCAGUACACUCUCACAGUCACACAUGGUGCAGCAGGUCCUUCAGCGGUUCGGGCUUCAGCCCUCCACCGUACAGCGCACACCUCUAGCUGUUGACCACAGACUCACUGGUCCCUUUCCUGACGAGCCGUUUGAGCCUAGUGGUCCCUACGCAGAGCUUGUGGGUUGCCUCAUGUACCUGAUGACUUGUACUCGCCCGGACCUCGCCUUCCCUCUCAGCAUCCUUGCGCGCUUUGUUGCGCCAGGGAGACACCGUCCUGUUCACUGGACGGCAGCUGUGAGGGUGGCGAAGUACCUAGCGACUACAUCAGGCGUGGGGCUAGUUCUUGGAGGGCAGCAGUCUGUCGUACUCACUGGUCACUGUGACUCCUCUUACGCUGACGACGCUGAGACUCACAGGUCUACUCAGGGGUACUGUUUCAGUCUGGGUUCUGGAGCUGUUUCCUGGCGUUCCACGCGCUCCUCUUCUGUCUCGACCUCUACAGCUGAGGCUGAGAUUUACGCUGGUGCCAUGGCGGCACAGGAGUUGCGGUGGUUGACCUUCUUGCUCACUGACCUUGGUGAGCGGCCGAGCUCUGCACCGACCUUGUUUACUGACAACAAGGCGUCGAUCCUCCUCUGUCGUGAGCCGCGAUUGGAGAGCAGAGUGAAGCACAUUCACGUCAGGUACUUUCUUCUGCGAGAGUUGCAGAGGCGUGGACAGGCUCGCUUCGAGUUUGUAGAGUCCGAGGCCAACACUGCAGACAUCUUCACCAAGGCGCUUCCGCCUUGUGACCACCAGAGGUGUUGUGUGCAGUUAGGCCUUGUUGACACAGGUUCUAGUCAUGCGUAG